AUUAUCCUCACGGUAUCCGGCUGACGUCCGCGAACCCCGGAGGAGAGAGGAAGGUUCUGAUUGUCUUCAACGCUCCGAGCCAGCAGGACCGGGCACGCUUUACCUCUGACCUCCGAGAGAGCAUUGCAGAGGUCCAGGAAAUGGAGAAGUACAGGGUGGAGUCUGAGCUCGAGAAGCAGAAAGGCGUCAUGCGUCCUGGCGUGUUGACAGGGGGAGGACCGGGAGGCAUGGGCACUCAAGGAGGCGGGGCAAACAGCGGUGGAGGAACCUUAAAGAGUGAGGUGGUGAACGGUACCCUGGGAAGGCCGAGCCUCGACGACACGUACGCAACAGUGGACGGACUCAAGCGCACGGCACUCAGCUCGUCGCUCAGAGACCUCUCAGAGACAGGGAAGCGAGGUCGUAGGAACAGUGUGGGGUCACUGGACAGUACCAUCGAAGGUUCCAUUAUUAGCAGCCCCCGGCCUCACCAGCAGCGCCCUCUGCCUGAUGGAGGUCUUUCCUACAGCCCUAUGAUGGUUCCUACAUCUCCAGCAGCCUACCGGCCACACCGCCCUACUCAGAGCCCCGGUACGGGGGUGGGGGGUGGGCCGGGGCUCUGUCACAACCAGGGAGGGGUCACCACCUCCCCACUCGCGAGCGGGGGAGGGGUUGGGGGCGGCGGAGGGAUGCCGGCAGGGGGCGGACCGACUGGCGGAGGCCGACUAGGGAAUUUCUUCGGCAGCCGCAGAGGCAAAGUUCCUGGUCCCCUGACGAUGACCUCACCCCCUCCACAGGGUCCCCCGAGUCCCCUGAUGAUAUCAUCACCCCCCCACUACCCCGCCCCCGCGCCUCCCAUCCCCCACCCAUCCUCCCCUUCCCCAUGCCCCUCCCCAUCGCCCAACCUCGGGCAGUCGGACUCGGGAGGAGUUGGAGGGGGAGGCGGUACGGCAGGGGCACAAUCCAAGCUCCAAGCGUUGCACGCCCAGUAUUGCCACGCCAACAGUGGAGGAGGCGGAGUCAGUGUUACUGGGCACCAGCAGCAGCAGACACCACCCCCACCUUACCAUCACCAUCACCGCUACCACAUGCAGAGCGUCCCGCAGCAUCACGUCCUCUCGCACAGGUUCUCCGCACCCCGACGGCAAGGCCCGUCCGGCUGCGCUCCCUCUCAUACCCAGCAGCAUCAGAGGAUGCAACAUGUCGUCAUUCCGCACCCGCGCUACAACAUGGCGUCAGGCUUCACCACGCCGCCACCGCUGUCCCCGCACUCCCCUGUCACCCCCAUUACCCCACACGGACUCUUCCACUCGCACCCCGCGGCGGGGAGGCCAGGUGGAGGGGCCAAGCUCCCGCUGACCAUCUCGCACUCGCAGCCCCACCCCCACGCUCACACACACUCUCACAACCACGCCGUGCACACACACUCCCCGCUCAGCCCGUCCCCGUCCGCCUCCCCCUCCACCCACUUCAUCUUCUCCACCCCGCCGCCCCAGACUCCCUCAGCACGCCUCGUCACCCAGACGCCUCCGAAGCCAUAUACCCCCCAGUACCCACCGCUUUCGUCCAUCCCGCCUCCCCCGCCGCACUCACCAUUGCCUCCCCCGUCAACCGCCCCGCUCUCCCCGCACCCCCCGGGGGUGGGGGGAGGCCAAGGGGGCGGCCCCAAAUCCAAGCCCGUCAGCCGGAUCAGCACGGUCGUGUGAGGAGGCAGAAGUCUAGGACAGUGGCGCGUCACCCUGCAGUGAGCCGCCGGGGGGUGGUAGUGAGCAGGAGAGGGAGGAGGAGAGGUGGAGGAGGGGGAGGACAAAUGCAGCCGUAUGAAAGCGGACGCCUGGUGAGGAGGAGAACGGUGAGAGCGGGGAAGAGGAAACUUCUCAGCCUGUGUUAUUUCCACAUCCACUUCCCCCGCAGGUAGAAAGACGCACACACACUGACGGAUGCUUCUUACAGGGAGCAGAUCCUCCCAGAAAAAGCUGCUCGCGGGGCGAAAAGCAUCCAGAACGUGAAUCAUGCCGUUUUCAGUCACGUGAAGAUGAAGAAAAAACACCCACAUUGUCCCGAUGUCUUGGUGAAAACGUCCUCAUCUUCCCCCCGUAGUGCCCUUCAGAGGUGAGCUGGGAGGACAUAUUUGUAGUUCUUCAUCGACAGGGGAAGUGUUCGUGCCACAUCGUAGGAAUUUGUGUGCUGUUGUGGAAAAAAACGGUUCAGGGACCAGACGUGAAGGGAACAGUGCCUGAGAAUAUAUAUCCCAAGGAUUACGCCUGACAUAAUGUACAGAGAGCGGAGAACGAAACGAGUCCGGGUCGCGUUUUCCAAAAAACACAGUCGUCUUACACCACCUUGUUUUCCGCACAAAAGCACUCUUGUUUUGGUUGUUGACAUAUUUACAAGCCAUGAGGCGUUACGGACAAGCAGAGGUGGUUAGCGUUAAUAUGGUGCAGUUUCUGUGUCUUAGACAGGCAUGCAUGACCUGUGCAAUAGCUAAUAAGUGUCAGUGUGACUGUGGUUAAACUUCUAUAUGCAGGGGGAGGGAGUUGUUGUGAUUUAAAGCCCCAAUCCAGCAUUUAUUUGGCCAUAAGAAGUGAAGAAUACGGAAGACUUGACCGUCUAGGUGGACAAUAAACUUUCUAAAACCUUUAAAUAAGCCAUCAUAACAAACACUCCAGGUGUCUUUUUACCUUUGCAAAAAUAACUAAAAGCCUUUAGCGUCUGUGGAUUACAGGGUUUCAGCAGGGACUGCUACGCUGUUGUUUUGGAUUGGGACUUUAAAAAAAUUCCCAAUUAUUUCCUCAUGUAACGGGGAUUUAUUUGAUCAUUUGUGCUAAACCUGUGAAUGCUCUCCCUUGUUAUUAAGUAUAUAUGAAAGCAUAAGCCUGAAUUUGUCACAAAUUAUAAUAUACUCUGAUAAUAUAAUACUCCAGCUUUCAGCUGUACUUCAUGCUCCAUGUUGUAUGUGACCCUCUACGUUGCCACAGACGGAGAUUGGGCCCAAAGCUGCCGGACAGGGAAAUGAGAGCUGCGGUACCUAAACGAAGUGAUGUAACUGUUCAGGUUAAGUUAAAUAAGGUGUAACUCUCUCUCUAACUUAUCGAUGGUCAUCUUAACAGAACUGGGUGGGAAAUUAAAGGCUUGAAUUUACUUUACGAAACCAACAUUUUGACGCAAGACUCGUUUAAUAAUUCUGAUAAUCAAUCUUUAUCACAACGUAUCAAAAGUUUAAAAUGUUUCAUUUUUGUUGGUUCCUUUUUGUUUUGGUUCACAGCAGAACGGUGUGAACUAAUGAGGCUUCACUAAAUUAUGUUAAACAUCUUCAGAUAAAGAUCCUUGAAAUCAGGAUUAGGAGACAGAGUCGUAAAGAAAAUAAAUACAAGUGAUUGUCUUUAGAUGCACAGACAGAUAUUAUUUAGAUUAUUUCAGGAGAGUACUUUUUUUUAUUUUAAAUUACUGACAUCCCCUAAACUCAUCACAUGCAGGUGAUCAUAAAGUUAUUGAUUUGAAAAGCUGGCAGCUAUAAACAGACUCAUGAUGUGUGGUUGUGUGUUUAACUGCAUGAGUGAGUGACUGAAGUCAUUUGUCACAACAAACCAAAGACGACAGUGAAACGAAAUUCAAUAAAACACGCCAGGUUUCAUUUGUAAUAAACAAGAUUUAGACAAUCAGACUGGAUUUUUUUAACUAUCAGAACUUCUUCUUGUCCCGCUCUCUUUAUUACAACUCUUUAAAGGCACGUUUAAGGGUUAAGACUUUGCUUUAGAUUUGGCACUUAGCAGAAGAGGAGGCUUGGAAGAAUGCUUCAGUCACACUAGGGCAAAGACACUGUGGCACCACCACUUGUGACCUUGUUGCCUUUGAAGUGGUUGUUUCAAAGAUGGGGGCCAGGUCUCAGACAACUCACGGCUAACUGCCAUCGUCAGAGCAACUUUGGUGCAUCGAGAUAUCGAUAAAAAUGCAAUAUGACGAGUCGGUCUGCUAUCGAUCUGCUGCCAGUCUGUGACUGAAUGAGGCAUUUACAUGCAAUCUGUUUGUGAUCAGUGCAAAUCUGCUGCCAUCGACAGACACAGACGUUCACAUGAAAUCCUUACAUCCACAGUCGAACCUCAUUGAUUUGAAACAGAAAUUCAGAAAUUCCUUCACAAGUAGUGACGUAGUGCUGCAGGGUGACGAUUUCACUCCAGAAUGACACGGGUGUAGGAGCUUAACCAGAAUGCAACCGCCACCAGAGAUGCAGAAUAUGUACGCCUAUCAGCACAGACUGACUCGGACUGAUUAACAUGUCUUUGUACAAGCCUUCACCAGUCAGUCUGAGCCGGACUGCAAUUGUUUGGAGACAGGUGGCCUCCCAUAAGGAGGUUGCGGUCCCAGUUUUAGUCCAGUGUGACAGAGUCAUAGAAUUAAAUAUAGCAACUGAGACUAUAAAGUCCUCAGGUUAGUCUUUACUGAGGUUUCAGACAAGUGGGUCAAAGGGUGUUUUUCCAAUAAACUUGAUACAGCCGGCCUUUGUUUUGUAACCAGACUAGUUGCCCUCUGACUGACUGCCGUCAGAAAUAAAUCGGAUUUAAGGCGCUUCAGCACCUACGCCUGUCUUUCAUAUGUAAUGAGUAGAAAACACUGGUAACAAGGAGCAAGCUUUAUUCAAAUAAAUAAGAACCUACUCAUCCAGAUGAUCUCAGAUUCAUCUCUGCACUUUCUUGGGUUCUCAGCAGUAGUUAGAAACUCUCCAUUAUUUUUACUAAGAUAUAAAACAAUUGAAAAAAUAUGAUAAAUUGAAAAUAAGAGUUAAUUUCCCACCCAGUCCAAACUGCGUUAGCGUGUGAAAAACUUGGAGGGUGAAUCAACUUUAAUCCCAUUUGAUGUGUGGCAAAAUAGAGAAUAAGGUGCCUUCAGACAUAGUGAUGGUACAAUAUAAAUAAUAAUGUUCACAAAAGACCUCCAUGGAAUACAAAGACAGUUCAGCGUCUAAAUCAAUAAUAUAAUGAUUUGUGUCCAUUCAAAACAGCAAAUCGAAGCCAUUUACUGCAUUUUUUAAAAGUCUGGCUGAAGGACUGAGCCGCUCGUCGCCUUGUUCAUCCAACAAAGACACAAAGGAGCCUGAAACCUGGACCGAAUUUCAUUCGAAAGACUCGCUAACAUCUCACAGGACUGAAGUGCAGAACAUGUUUCACUGUCACACCGCACCGAGUGAAAUCUUCUUGAACAAACUCAUUUUUACACAUUUUUGCACUUUGAGUUCAAAUCUACCAUGCCAGUAUUGAAGUGUAUUUCCUUUCCUUUCUUCCUUUAAUCAGUCUCACCGGAUGUCAGGGCAGGAGGCCCGUGAUGGCUGGUAGAAAGUUCUUCCACCACUUGAACGAUUUUACCAGCCAUUUGCAUUUUUUGACUAGAAAUGAAACUUUCAGUGUUGGUUGCUAGUCAGCCUCAUAUAAAUAUUUGCCAGAGUUUAACUGGUGGAUGAUGGGAAAUUCCUCUGAAUGCAAACAUUAACGACAUAUUUUUAGUCUCCCUGUGAUGACGUGAAUGCACCAACUGUAGAUAUUAACUGUACAGUGUGUUCUAUUUUCAGUGGGGCCAACAGCAUCAAUCUGUAACUGAGGUUCAGAAUUGCUUGACUUAACAAAACGUGUGCUCUAAAAACCAAAGUUCAUCUGGGUUCUUCAGGCUAUUCGGGCUUCUUAGUGAGAACAGUAAAGUCCUUAGUAUGCGAGGUUUGUGGGAAUACCGUCACAUAUUGGAAUCGUUUGACGGCGUUCCUCAGGGAACCAUCUUGGGUUCCCUGUUGUUUUCAAUCUGAAGAACCCCUUUGACUUUUUAGAGUGUGCUACUGAUAUUAUUAUCAAUAUUGUUGUGUGGCAAGCUUCUACUAACAUACUGUACUCCUUGGGCUGUUUUGUAUUUUUAGCAUUUUUAAUUUUGUUAUGUGCUUAUAAUGUGAGAUUUUUUUUCUUUUCUGAUUUGGGCAUCUUAUGGAAGUAUUCAAUCCUUUUUCAUUUUAAUAUAUUUAAAAAAAACAAACAAUAAUGAUUUUCUGUAACUGACAUACAAGUUCUUCUAAUAUUUUGAUUAUAGACUGUGAUAAUUACUUUGACUCAACCCACAGCAUGCUCAAGCAAACACACGCCUGCACACCUCUGAAUCAUCACAAAGCCUCUCUUCACCCUUUUAAUGGAAACAAGCAACACCUCUGCUAUCAAACAACAUUGAAAUUAACACUUCAUGUUGAGCUGCUAAGAAUUUUUGGACCGUAGGGCCAUAGCAUGCAUCUACAAUCACCUGCAGAAAGACUUUGUCUCUUUCUAAAGGCCUUACAGUAACCACGUCGACUCCAGACUAAAGCGGCAAACACCACAGAAACAUCAAAACAAAGUUCUCGAGGAGCACUGGAUCAAACCUACCUCGUAAGGGAAUACACAGCAUUUCACUCAGUCUCAGUGCAUGCCCAAGCACAUCCUCAGUAAACAUCCCAUCUUAAAGUUCCAUACCCCUCAUUUGCAUGGUUAUGAACUUCAAACCGUAUUUACUUUGUGUUACGGCGCUACCAUGUUGAGAUUUGUUACCUUCCUACGUCCACUGUUCAGUUUAAGUUUCACUUGCAGAGAACUUGACACUUGCUGCAGAUAAAUCAUCCAUCACUGGUAACAUCUAAUAAGGAUCUAAGUCAGAGGUGUUAAAUGUAAGGCCCAGGGGCCAGACCAUUCACACUAUACCAGAGUAAUUACAUAAAAGAAACAGAGAAAUGAUUGUAAAGUUCCUGUUUUUUCACUUUCUGCUAUAGAAAUUUCAGUUGUUUGUUUGGGUUUGUUUUACAACAGGUCCACAGUAAAAAAUAAAUAAAUUUUAAAAAGUAUAUAUAUAUAUAUAUAUGCUACAGGCUGAUUACUGUCUAUUCGCCCCAUGGCAGGCAUGACUGGAAACAGCCUAUAAUAGUUACACUGCUGGACUGCUGUGUCAAACUUCACCUGCUAACAUGCACGUGUCAGAUUAGAUUUCUCUCGUGUUUCUAGGAAUGCUAGAUUUUGCCUGUACUGCCUUAAACUGUGUGCUUUCUAAAUUCUUUCUAAAUUGCCACUUGGUCAUCAAAACUGUGAGAACCCCUGAUUUAGUCUUUGUAGACCAAAACAGUAACCGGUGACAUAUAAACGUCCUGGCUUCCUGGCGAGCUGUUGCCCACCAUGUGCCAAGUGUCUGUGGGUUAGGGUUAGGCCAAAAUCUGCUUCUUCGUGUUUCAAGGCCACUUUUUUUUUAGUUCUUGGAUUGCUUUGCUACCAUUGGAGGUCGGUGCAACACUUUUGUGAGGUCGCUGUCAAUUCUUACACGCAAGAGAUAAGAACAAAAAUCACUGUGGUUGAUUAGUUAUCUGCAGCAGGAGUCAAGUGUCUGUGAAGACAUGAACUUGCAGUCUGGGAGGACACAAAUCUGCUUAAACUGUGUCGGGACUCUUGUGAAAGUAAUUUACAGUAUAUCCAGUUUAAGAACAUGCAGAAAAAAAGCAGGUAUGGUCCUUUAAACGCUUAAAUUAGGUCUUUUUCUCCUGCCCGGGUCUGCUCUCCACUAUCGGUUUGCAUGUGGUAUUUAUUACAGUAUCUGCACUGAAUGAAACUGUAUUAUAACAUGAAUGUACAUAGCAGCCGUUAAAUGAAAAUAACAUUGCGAGUACUCACUUUGCUCAGUUUGUCUGUGGCUGGGUUUACAUCGGGAAUGGAAGGUCUGAUGUUUUUUAAACACCUGGAGAAACAGAUCUGGUCUGACUGCAGCAGGCAAAACAGGGAACAUUUUUCAAGAUUCAAAGCACAUCAGAUCUGCUUCAAGUACAGUUAAAAAAUGUUGGAUGAUUCUGUUCCUGUGUAAAGACAGUCUGUGUUGUGUGCAUCUAUACAAUGGCAUUGGACGGGGGGCGUGUCCAAGCUGCUGGACCGCUUUCUGGAGAGGACAUAUUUCUUGUUUAUAAUGUAGAGCAAAGAGAGACUGGAAUAGUCCUUGUAAAAUUGUACGAGUAAAGUGUCAAAUAUGUGUCAACAGAGACGACAUUAUUUUAAAAAUUACGUAUGGAAAAUUUUAGCUGUGUAUAUAAAUAUAUAUUACUUGUACUUUGUUUUUGAAAUUGCAGAGAAAUGGAAGAAGUGGAAAUAUUUAUUGCUCUAAAGAUAUAAAAAUCUGUUCA